GACCCCCCCGUUUCUAUCUUUUUUUCUCAAAUAAAACAACAGAAUGUAACAGAAACUGAGGAAAUCAGGUCCACCAGAGAGGAAAAUAAAUGAAUAGAAAACAUAUGUUUAUACCAGUCGCAAUAAUCUCUGUGGUCGAACCCUAAUCCAAUCAUAAUAUGUAUAUAUUAAGGUGGCUAAUACAUUACUAAUUACUAAUAGAAAACUACUAUAACAAUCUCAACUUACGUUUUUGGUAAGAUUUUAUGAAGCCUGUAACAGUGAUCCAUGAAUGGUUUCUGAAAUCUGUUCCAGUCGUAGUGACAUUAAAAAUCCAUGGAGAACACCAUUCCCUGUAGCAUCGUUGGAUUGCUUCCAAUCUAUCCACAGUGGAUUCCGUGAUCUAUGGAUAUCCAACGGUGCCACAUGCAAAUUGCUUUUACAUUUGGGAGAAUCAGCUAUCUUUACUCUUAGCAGACAAAUGUGUGCAGUGUAUAAAUCUAUUGUUCUGUUUCUUCACUCACAUUUGGUUCUUCUUCUUCUUCUUCUGUGUGAAAAGCUUUUUAGCAUUGUUUCAUCAUUCAAUGGAAAGCAAAACCAGACACAGUGAAUCAGGUCAUAACCGACUUGGUGGUCUCUUGAAAGAUCAAGUGCGGUUGGUUAAGAGGAAGGAUUGUGAUCGAUAUGAGAUUGUCAGUAUUCCAGAGAAUUUGUCAUUCGAGAAAGGGUUCUUUAUUGUGAUUCGGGCAUGCCAGGAUUUGGCCCAAAAGAAUGAUGGAAUUGUAUUUGUGGGAGUAGCUGGCCCAUCAGGUGCUGGAAAGACAGUCUUUACUGAGCAGAUACAGACCUUCAUUCCAAGUGUUGCUGUUAUUUCAAUGGAUAAUUACAACGAUGCCACUCGAAUCAUUGAUGGCAACUUUGAUGAUCCUCGCUUAACGGACUAUGAUACACUGCUUAAAAACAUCCAGGAUUUGAAGGCAGGAAAGCCAGUUGAGAUUCCAAUAUAUGAUUUCAAAUCUAGCUCCCGCAUAGGAUACAGGUCACUUGAAGUUCCUAGCUCCCGUAUAGUGAUUUUGGAGGGCAUCUAUGCUUUGAAUGAGAAAUUGCGCCCUUUUCUUGAUCUUCGAGUAUCAGUUACUGGUGGGGUCCAUUUUGAUCUAGUAAAACGAGUCUUACGAGACAUACAUCGUUCCCGUAAAGAGCCUGAAGCGAUUAUUCAACAAAUAUCUGAAACUGUUUAUCCAAUGUACAAGGCUUAUAUUGAGCCUGACCUACAAAAAGCACAUAUAAAAAUAACCAACAAGUUUAAUCCAUUUAAGGGAUUUCAGAGUCCUACAUUUAUUCUCAAGUCUUCGAGGAAUGUGACAGUUGACCAGAUUAAGUCAGUAUUGUCUGUGGAACACACGGAGAGUGUGGAAGAGAUAUGUGAUAUAUAUCUUCUGCCACCUGGUGAAGACCCAGAGACAUGCCAAUCAUAUCUGAGAAUGAGAAACAAAGAAGGGAAAUAUAAUCUCAUGUUUGAGCAAUGGGUCACAGAUUCUUCAUUUGUAAUAUCACCGAGGAUAACUUUUGAAGUUAGUGUCCGGCUUCUAGGUGGGUUGAUGGCUUUGGGGUAUACAAUUGCAGCAAUUCUGAAAAGGAACAUCCAUUCAUUUUGUGAUGAGAAGGUUUGCGUUAAAAUUGAUUGGCUUGAACAGCUGAAGCGUCAAUAUGUUCAGGUCCAAGGAAGGGAUCGUUUGGCUGUUAAGUGUGUUGCUGAGCAGCUGGGCUUGGAAGGUUCUUAUAUCCCCCACACAUAUAUUGAACAGAUACAGUUAGAAAAGCUUGUGAAUGAAGUCAUGGCAUUGCCAGAUGAUUUGAAGACAAAGCUUAGUUCAUAUGAAGAUCUCGUCUCAAGCCCAAAAGAAGCACCUUUGUUUCCAUCAUCAUCAUCAUCAGAUUCAGUGUCAUCAAUUAAGCACAAAAACAUCAGAAACGGGGCAUUGCAUUCAUAUUUAACAAAGCAGGACAAUAUAUUAUCAAAAAACUGUCUCUCUGCUUCCAACAACAACACUUCAGUGUUACCAAUAUUGUUGGCAAACCAGGGAGGUCUUAUAGCUCAGCUAUCAGAACACAUAUCUACAUUGAAUGAUGUGAUUGGUGAGUUGACAUCUUGUAUGGAAGACCUGAAGUCCAAUAUAAUAAGCAGCAGCAAAACGAGUCCACAAAAUCCAUUUCAGUCUGGAGCCUCCUGCAAUGGAUCAGUACCAACAUCUCACUUCAUAUCUGGUUUAGAAAACAGAUCUUUGUCUCGAUCUGUUAUGCCCCAUUUGGCAAUGGAUUCUGCUUCCACGGAAGAGCUAUCAGAUAUGGGAAGGUGUCAACGUCAAACAAUGCAUCUCCUGGACAAUCUUUGCGAUCUACUACGCAAGAGGCUACCUGAGAAAUUGUAUUCAGCAAAGACAAACAAGCAAAGGGCUGUGCUUGGUUUUGACCCCUCUUCCAAAGUAUGUAUAAUAUGUACGCUGGCACUUGGCGGCUUGGGAGUUUUUAUGUUUAAGAGCAUUCUGCCCCGGAAUUGACUAGAUACAUUUAUAUACUCCAAUACAUUCUCUUGGUCUUUAUUUUGUUUUCAUUGAACCCCUUAAGCAAUUGCUGCAAUGCCCUUGUUAUUUUUGGCGGGAAAGAAUUGUUCAUGGAUUAGAUACUUUAGAUCGAGCUAUUUGAGACCACAUGGGCAUAUCAUGUUCAAGAAAGGGUGGAUUUGCAAAUUUUGUAGCUUUUGGGGUUCUUAUUAUGGAACACAAUUACUAGUUAAAAGUUUGAAUCUAUAUUCCUUUGAAAUGUAUACACAAAUCUCUUGC